ACGCGUCGAAGAUUGCGUGCGCCUGUCUGACGUCCGUCCCGUUUCUGGUUGACUUACAGGCAGGUUGUGGGCUAGUAGGAGGCAGUCAUGAGGGGAGAGGUGAGCGUGGUACAAGGCGAGGUUUCCCAGCUCCUCUCGGCCAUGAGAAAGACUGGGAGAUGGAGUGGACACGCCAGAACAGAAGGGGAACAAGAUCCAUUAGUACGAGGUCUACACAAACUCCAGACGGUACUGAACGGGACCCCUGACCUUCGAACCCUGGACGUGAUGGUGUUCCUCCACCCGUUCUGUGAGAUUAUCCAAUCAGACGACACCACGGGUCCCGUCACUGGGAUGGCUAUCUCAUCGCUUGACAGAUUUCUAGCAUACGGCCUCAUAAGUCCAGGUCACCCCUCGGCAGCCGGUGGAGUGGCAGCUCUCUCAGAGUCCGUCACUCACGCCAGAUUCGUCGGAACCAAUCCAGCCAGCGAUGAGGUCGUCCUCAUGAAGAUACUACAGGUGUUGCACACACUGAUGCUGACUCCAGUGGGGAGACUCCUGAGCAAUGAGAGUGUCUGUGAAAUAAUGCAGUCCUGCUUCAGAAUUUGCUUCGAAACGAGGCUCAGCGAGCUGUUAAGAAACUAUGCCGAGUCAACUCUAGUGGACAUGGUCCAACUCCUGUUUAUUCAGUUGCCGUCCUUCAACGAGGAUGAGUAUACCGUUGAUGACACUGCUUCUAUCAUUGAUCAGACCAUCACAGCAGGAGGAGAGGAGGAGAGGGGGUCAGUUGAACCAUGUGUGGAGGAUGAUGUGGAGGAGGAGGGAGGGGGAGGAGAGGGGGAGGAAGAGGGAGAGGGAAGGGAAACAACUGAUAGCAAUGGAGGAGACGAACACGAUGAGUUGAAACAGCAAGAGGAAGGACUGGAAGAGGGGGAGGCGGGUCUGAAGCGAACUGCACACGAGGCGGAGUUUGUGUCCAGUGAUGUCAUAACUGCAACAAGUCGACAUCGGCAAGGAACGCUGGCACCGUAUGGACUGCCGUGUGUCCGCGAGCUACUGAGGUUUCUGGUUUCCAUCAUCAACGUGAAAGAAAGGAACAACUCUGAGUCACUGCUGCACAUCGGACUGAAUCUGGUGACGGUAGUCCUGGAGUCGGGCAGAGAGAACCUCUGCCGGUUCCCUUCUCUGGCACAACUGGUCCAGGACAACCUCAGUAGAAGUCUCUUCACUCUUCUUCGUCACUCCAAUUUCUCUGUGUUCUCGGCGACGCUGCGAGCCGUCUGUCUCCUGCUCCAACACUGCAGAGUCCACCUGCGGUUCCAGGUGGAGUGGGGUCUCGCCACACUCAUGGAGCUCUUCACUGCCGAGAACACCGCCAGACUCUCCCACGAGAAGAAAGACGCUGUGCUGGAAACAAUUCUGAGGCUGUGUCACUACCCAUAUCUCAUGGCCGAGCUCUAUGUCAACUAUGACUGCAAUCUCUACUGCUCCAAUGUCUUUGAAAAUCUCACAAAGCUCCUUUCAAAGAGCUCUCUGCCAACACAAGGGCUGUCUUCAAACCAUCUCCUCUCACUCGACGCUCUCCUAGCCAUCGUCAAAAGUUUUCAAUCCUGCCAACAACAAGCCCUCCCAGACAACGCCCUUGCAGUCAACUCCCAACUCUCGGAAACAGAGGGAGAGAAUGCUCCAAGUGGAGCCUUGGCCACAUCUCAGGAAGGCUCGACCCAGAUUAACUCUGCGGGGAUCAUUUUCAGUUCUAGACCGGAGAGAGAGACGGAGCUUGUCGAGGAGACGUCUAUUACUAGUGUUCGCUCCGAUUCUGCACUUGCCGACCAUGUCACCGAGACUGCAGUUGAAAUAGCUGGCCAGAGUUGCCCUGCCUCUGGUAUGGAUACUGUGAAGGCUGCCUCAGGGUAUAUGAUGGCAAUAAGAGGUACCCGUGAAGGGGAUUUCCCCCCUGAGACGACAGUGGUGGAACUGCCAACACCGAAAGAGUUGAUAGAGAUACGACAGAGGAAAAAGGUAAUACUGGCAGCCACAGAGCAGUUCAACUUGAAGCCCAAGCAGGGGAUCACCUUUCUCCAAGAGAGAAGAGUCAUAUCUGGCUCAGACUCCCCGCAAUAUCCGGCGGAGGUGGCUAGUUUCCUGGUAGACAAUCCGUGGCUGGAUAAGGCCAAGAUCGGGGAGUACAUUGGAGAUCGCAAGAACCCCCCCAUUUUGGAUGCUUUCGUCAAGCAUUUCUCUCUGCACGGGACUCAUCUGGUGGACGCACUGAGACAUUUCCUGGAGUCGUUUCGCUUGCCCGGGGAGUCCCCUGUCAUUGCCAGAAUAUUGGAGACCUUCAGUGAACACUGGCUGUCCUGCAACAAGGAAGAGUUGGGAAAAGUAUUUGCCAACAGAGAUGCCGUCUAUGUCCUCUGCUACGCAAUCCUCAUGCUGAACACCGACCAGUACAGCACUCAGGUCAAGAAACGGAUGUCCCUGGAGGAGUUCAUUCACAACCAACGCAAGAUCAAUAACGGGGAGGACUUUCCACGGCAGUUUUUGACUGACAUUUUCAACAGAAUCAGGGAAGAUGAGAUUAUAAUGCCAGAUGAACAUAAGGGUCAGGUGAAAGAAAACUACCAGUGGAAGGUGUUGCUGCAUCGAAGCAAUGGGCCUGAAGCUACCUACCUUCCAGUCAUUGUGACCUCAUACAACCAAGAUCUCUACCUGUUGUGUUGGAGCCAGAGUGUGGCAGCUCUGUCGUACGUGUUUGAGAAUGCCGAAGAAAAGGCCAUUGUACUGAAAGCUAUCAAUGGAUUCAGUAUGUGUGCCUCUGUGGCUGCCCAUUAUGAGCUAAACCAAGUCUUUGACAAACUGAUUAUCUCGCUCUGCAAAUUUACCACUCUCCUGAAUCCACCAGAGACACCAAAUGCAGUAGUGGUGACUCUUGGCACCAGCUCAAAAACGAGGCAGUGUCUCCUAACAAUGUUUUCACUGGCCCAUCAACACGGCAAUAUUCUGAGAGAGGGCUGGAAGAAUAUUCUGGAUGCUCUUGUAGCACUCUUCAAGGCAAAGCUGUUACCUGAUGAGCUAGUGCAGGUGAGAGACUUUGUCCAUCCCACUGGGAGUGUGUCUCUAUUCCGUGAGGAGGCUCCCUCCACUCGCCCCGACUCCUCACUCCUCUCCUCCCUCUCAUUCUGGUACUCAAUGACAGCCCUAGUGGAGCCAGCAACCCUCAACUCCGUCCGAGAUCAAGGCACGCAAAACUGCCAGCAAGUGUGUUAAGGAGUGUCGUCCAGAGCAGAUAGUGACUGAGAGUAAAUCCUGCGACCACAGUCACUACUGGAGCUGAUUUAAAACCCUGACAUUUGCUCUCGUGUCCUGAAGACCACGUGGCACUGGGAACUGCAUUUCAGGAGCGAGACGGCGGUUUUCUCUGGAGCUACUGGUGGCUGUGGCCUUGGAGA